AAUAAGGAAAUAAUUAAAAUUAAGGCUAUUACCGACCGAAUCUUUAUAAAUUUUCGCAAUAAAAUAAUUAGAAUCCCUACAAUUAUAGUUAGGAAUACAACGACCUUUCUUAAUAAUUUAAUUAAAAUUAUAAACGCCUCCUUAAAUAUAAUUAAAAUUACCGCUAGUAAUAAGCCUAUUCCUAAACCUAUAAGAACCGUUCGUUAA